CGGGGGGCGAACCAGCGCGGACCGGAAGUUUCACGGGCGCGCUGGCAGCCGGAGCCGUUACCGCAGGGCACCGGAAGUGGCCGUAGGCCGGCGUCCGGGCCGCGCCCGCAGUGAGUGAGCGUCCCUCCGGCCGGCGACGCCAUGGAGCCCGGGGCGGCCGAGCUAUACGACCAGGCCCUGCUGGGCAUCCUGCAGCACGUGGGCAACGUCCAGGACUUUCUGCGCGUGCUCUUCGGCUUCCUUUAUCGCAAGACGGACUUCUAUCGCCUGCUGCGCCACCCGUCGGACCGCAUGGGCUUCCCGCCGGGGGCCGCGCAGGCGCUGGUGCUGCAGGUAUUCAAAACCUUCGACCACAUGGCCCGUCAGGAUGAUGAGAAGAGGAGGAAAGAGCUGGAGGAGAGAAUCAGGAGAAAGGAAGAAGAGGAGGCCAAGGCUGCAGCAGCUGCCACCGCUGAGCAGGAGCCCGUGCCGGCCCCGGUUCAGGAGGUGGAGGUCGACUCCACCGCAGCCUCGGGGGCGCCUCAGGAACCUCCAGGCCCACAGGGCCCUGCGCAGGAAGUGGGCCCUGGCUCAGGGCAGGCGGAGCCAGCAGGAGCAGAUGCUGGUGCUGCUGAGGUCCCCAGGGAACCACUGCCUCUUCCCAAUGCCCGCUGCAGGAGGCUCUUCUGUAGAGUCAUGUGGACACGCCAGAAUGCCACCCAAACACCCACCCGGUCGGCUUGUGAGGAUUGGCUGAGGAGACAGGAGCAGUUCCAGAGAAACCCCGACAGCUAUAACGGUGCUGUGCGCGAGAACUACACCUGGUCUCAGGACUACACCGACCUGGAGCUGAAGGUGCCAGUGCCCAAGCACGUGGUGAAGGGCAAGCAGGUCUCCGUGGCCCUCAGCAGCAGCUCCAUCCGGGUGGCCGUGCUGGAGGAGAGCGGGGAGCGGGUCCUCAUGGAAGGCACGUUCACCCACAGGAUCAACACCGAGAGCUCCCUGUGGAGCCUCGAGCCCGGGAAGUGCGUCCUGGUGAGCCUGAACAAGGUGGGCGAGUACUGGUGGAGCGCCAUCCUGGAGGGCGAGGAGCGCAUCGACAUCGACAAGAUCAACAAGGAGCGCUCCAUGGCCACGGUGGACGAGGAGGAGCACGCCGUCCUGGACAGGCUCACCUUCGACUACCACCAGAAGCUGCAGGGCAAGCCGCAGAGCCACGAGCUGAAAGUCCAUGAGAUGCUGAAGAAGGGGUGGGACGCUGAAGGCUCUCCCUUCCGAGGCCAGCGCUUCGACCCGGCCAUGUUCAACAUCUCCCCGGGGGCCGUGCAGUUUUAAUGACCGAAGGAGAGGCGGCCCUCGCGGCGGGGAGGCGGGGCCUUGGCGGUGUCCCUCGGCUCCCUCCUGCCAGGGACUCCCUGUCUGGUUCACCCUUGCCAUCCUUGCUUUCAAGGGCGAACCCGGCCUCCACGCUGGCCCUGCGCCUCCAGACUGUUCCAGAGCAGGGUGGGCGGGGGCCGCGCGGCUGGUGCCCGGCGGCGGGCCGAGAGCAGGCGCCCCGCCCUCUGCUUGCUGCUGUCUGUGAUCUUUGCUUUUGCUGCUCUGGCGCUUGGGGCGGGGCCUGCAGACUGUGGGCCGUGCUCCUGGCAGUUUGGGGAAACCUCAGCCUUGUCCUCUUGCUGGGUGUGUUCGUGUGCCGUCCUGCCCGUCUGCUUGUACACGUCACCUGCCUGCCUCCCCCGGUCCAGGAGCCGCCGAGCCUGGGGUCCUGGUCACGGGUUCGGGAUGCCGGAGGCAGUCUCUCGUGGCUGCAGGUGCAGGGCCAGCCCCUGUCUUCUGGCCCACUGCCCUCUCCCACCCGCUCUAGCACUUUCCUCUCCAGGGGUCUGGUUCUUGUCAGAGCGACCUGGGCCAGGCACCCUCAGGAGACCCCCUGGCGUGUCGGCCGUGCUGCAGCCCUGUCCCUUCUCGGCUGAGGCCGUGCUGUGCCGCACAGAGCUCGCGGCUCUGCUCCCACUGCUCUCCCAGGACCCAGAGCCAGUGCUCUGUACCAGGACCUUGGGGCUGCCCUUUGGGGCGGUCACCUUGCAGGUUUCUGCACCCCGUGAGCUGUGUUCACUGCACUGGGGGAGGAGGAGCUCUGUUGGGGGGCCUUCAACUCUGUAGCUGAGAGCUGCUCGUCGACGUCUGUAGGGGCAGGUUUCUGGCGGACGCAGCCCUGGGCUCCAGGAAGCAGUUGCUUGUCCUGAUGCCGUCCCGGGAGAUGUGGACACCAGGUGGCUGGUGGGCGCUCCACCAAGGGGGCACAGAGCCCUGCUUUGCGGUCACGCCCAGGCUGGUGGGCGGGCCACUGACCUUCCCAGCGCCCUCAGGGUUUGCAUGCCUGCCCCAUGUAAUGAGAGGCCUCCCUGGCCCGCAUCGGUGUGAGGGCCGCUCUCCACCUGCCUCCUCCCCUCUGCCGUCUUCUCCGGGGCGGGGCGGGGUGGGGUGGGGGUGCCUGCACCUCGGCUCUUUGGGAGACUGGGGGCUGCGGGCUCCGUGCUCAGUUGUCUUCCUUUGCCCCUUCUUGUCUUCGCGGUUGUGUUUCUCCCCACCCUAUGACUGUAGCGGCGGCCUGGGGCUGGGGCUCUGGUCCCACGUGCUGAGACUGCCAGGUGCCCUCGCCCGCCGUCUGGUGGGCGACCUCUGCUCCUUGCUGCCGGCCUGGGCCCUGGAGCCUGUGCUCCCUGCCUGUUUUCUCUCUUCAGACACGGCAGCAGCAGAUUGGCCACUGAGCUCCAUCCGCAGAGGUCCAAGGAAAGCGGGGUGCCGCCUGCAGAGUCGCCCCGUCUCCAGUGGUGGUUUGCAAUAAAUCCGUAUGUGAGCACA